UAGCUGUCUCACCAUAUUCAUCUUCUCCUUUAUUCUCUUCCGUUUUUUCACCUCUCUUUUAUCAUUUCUCCAAAUUAUAAAUAAGCCUCACCCACACCAGUCCACCACCACUUCUCACCUCACCUUACCAUUCUUCCAGAUCUCUCUCUUAUCUCUCUCUCCGCCAUGGUUCUCUCCAAAACAGCUUCCGAAUCCGACGUCUCCGUUCACUCAACCUUCGCUUCCCGAUAUGUUCGAGCUUCACUUCCUCGGUUUAAGAUGCCGGAGAGCUCGAUCCCAAAAGAAGCAGCUUACCAGAUAAUAAACGAUGAGCUAAUGUUAGACGGAAAUCCAAGAUUGAAUUUGGCGUCAUUUGUGACUACUUGGAUGGAACCUGAGUGUGAUAAGCUUAUAAUGGCUUCUAUCAACAAAAACUAUGUCGACAUGGAUGAGUACCCUGUCACUACUGAAUUGCAGAACCGAUGUGUUAAUAUGAUAGCACAUCUCUUUAACGCACCACUUGGAGAUUCAGAGACUGCAGUUGGAGUAGGAACAGUAGGAUCUUCAGAGGCUAUAAUGUUGGCUGGAUUAGCAUUCAAGAGAAAGUGGCAGAACAAGAGAAAAGCUGAGGGAAAGCCCUAUGAUAAGCCUAACAUUGUCACUGGUGCCAAUGUUCAGGUUUGUUGGGAGAAAUUUGCAAGGUAUUUUGAAGUGGAGUUGAAGGAAGUGAAACUUAGAGAUGGGUACUAUGUGAUGGAUCCUGUGAAAGCAGUUGAAAUGGUUGAUGAGAACACAAUCUGCGUCGCUGCUAUUCUUGGUUCCACCCUUAAUGGAGAAUUUGAAGAUGUAAAGCUCUUGAAUGAUCUCUUGACAGAGAAAAACAAGCAAACUGGAUGGGAUACUCCAAUACAUGUUGAUGCAGCAAGUGGUGGAUUUAUUGCACCUUUUCUUUACCCAGAACUUGAGUGGGAUUUCAGAUUGCCAUUGGUGAAGAGUAUCAAUGUUAGUGGGCACAAAUAUGGACUAGUCUAUGCUGGAAUUGGUUGGGUCAUUUGGAGGAACAAAGAUGACUUGCCUGAUGAACUCAUCUUCCAUAUCAACUAUCUUGGAGCUGAUCAACCUACCUUCACCCUCAAUUUCUCCAAAGGUUCUAGCCAAGUCAUUGCUCAGUACUAUCAACUCAUUCGCUUGGGUUAUGAGGGAUACAGAAACAUUAUGGAAAAUUGCAGAGACAACAUGCUGGUUCUCAAGGACGGACUAGAGAAGACAGGGAGAUUCACCAUUGUCUCAAAGGAUAAUGGUGUACCACUAGUUGCAUUUUCCCUGAAAGACAACAGCAGCCAUAACGAGUUCGAGAUUUCUGAAUUGCUAAGGAGGUUUGGCUGGAUUGUUCCUGCAUACACAAUGCCACCUGAUGCUCAACACGUUACUGUCCUCCGUGUUGUGAUUAGAGAAGAUUUUUCGCGCACUUUCGCAGAGCGGCUUGUUCUUGAUAUUGAAAAGGUUCUGCAUGAGCUUGAUACUCUUCCUUCCAGGCUCCGUGAAAAGAUUGCUAUUGUUGAAGAGAAAGAAAAGAAUGGAACAAAGGCAGCAAAGAAGAGUGUUAUUGAAACGCAACGGGAGAUAACAACUAUUUGGAAAAAGUUUGUCUUGGAGAAGAAGAAGAUGAAUGGUGUUUGUUAGAGAGGUCAAUCACAGAAGCAAUCUAUAUGAAUAUGAAGUCCUUUUUAGUGGAUGAUUUCUUUUCAUCAAUAUGUGUGAGUGGGUAUUGCUUCUUUUCCAGGAGAAAUCAUAAGUUUUGAUUUAUUUUGUAUGGCUCUCAAUUUGUUAUUUAUAAUUUUGAGUGCCUGCUACUCCCAGCUAUUUUGUAUGGCGUAAUUUGAAGCAUGGAUCUUUUGUUGUGUACUAUUUAUUAUUAUUAUUAUUAUUAUUAUUAUUAUUAUUAUUA